AUGGAUAUGUAUAAUCCAAAUAAUAAUGGUAAUUGUGUUGGGUUACAUCAGCAAUCGACUACUAGCAAUAAUAAUAUUUGCCACCAAAUGCAAUCACCAAAUAAGGAUGUACGUGACAUCCCAAUAAGCAACUCCCCAAUGCAGUUAAUAACUCAACAACAAAGGCCGCCGUUGAAUUUUGUUGAUAAUUCCAACACCCAACAACAAUUAUCACUUCAUUCUGUUAGUAUAAUUCCAAAAAAUACAAAUAUCCAAAGGCCUUCAACAUCUAAUAAUAAUAAUAUUCAUCAUCCUUCUACUACAACAAUUUCUUCAAAUCACCAAUAUAAUACUGAUCACCACCAACACCACCAACAUCAACAACAGCAUUCUUCUUCAAAUAUUUCAACCGUAUCGGUCAUCCCUUCAUUAAUUUCACAACAACAAACAUGCAAUUCCCAGCAGGGAUGGAGCCCUUAUUUGGUCCCACUUCCCGGCGGUUCACACAUUUCUUCAACCCCGGAUAGUGGAAUUCAAUCACUUGAUUCACCCCCUUCUGUUUACACACCUCCAAUGGUUUCUCCAUACUCUUCACAGGUCCGUUCUUGUGAAUCAAUUAGUGCUUCGCUUGGAGGGCAUGGAAUUAAUUUAGCAUUUCCAAUUGCACUUACUCAAAAUAAUUGUUUAGAAACAUUUUUGCAAAUAAAUAAUAGUACUGCUUUACCUCCUCAAUUAAUUGGGCAACAACAACAACAUCAAAAUAUAUCAGACGAACAUAAUUUAAAUAAACAAAAUGAGGAGGAAAAGGAACUUAACGAGUCUUCUACUUCCUCUGAUUUUUCCGAUAUGCCAAAAUUAAUCCCGAUAACAAAUUCACAACAUGAUGAUUCCUUAGAUGGAGAAGACAAUAAUAAUGUUGCUGAAGAAAAAUCCAAAGAUGUUGAGGAAGAAAAACCUCAACAAAAACCUUCAACAUCAACUAAUAAAUCAACAACAAAAGAAUUACUUAUACAUCAAGGAAUGACUUUACAAGAAUUGGCCGAAUGUAUUUCUUCCAGUAUUCCGCCAGAGCAGUUAAAACAAUUAACUUCUUUGAUACAAUCAAAAGCAUUGGGUGCUAAAGAAAUAAAUAUAGUAGAACAAGAGAAGGAAAUUGAAAAAGUGGCAACAACAAGCAAGGAAGAAAUGAUUGUUGAAUGUUUACAGCUUUCAACAAUUAAAAACAAUAAAGAAUUGAAAAAUAAAGAAGUUAAAAAACAAAAAUUAAAUUUAACAAAAAAGAUAAAGUUGAGGAGAGAGGAGGAGGAAUCAAAUAAAAGUCUAUCUAAAAAAUUUAAUAAUGAAUCGCCUUCUUCCUCUACUUGUUCUACAUUACAACAACAACAAAAGAAGCCUUUAAAUAAUUUGCCUAAUAACCACCAAAAUUUAUCAACACAACAACCACCUUCAUGUUCAACAUCCUCAAAUUAUCGUUCCCAAGUUCGUCUUCAAUUAAAACAAAAAUUGGAUAAAUUUAUUGAAAGAGUUUGUAAGCAAUUAGAAAAUACACAUUUAAAUAUUCGAGAAGAAGAGGAGGACGAAGAAAAAUAUUUUUUAAAUCAAAAACUCCAAAAACAUCCUUUACAAAAAUUAAAUUGGAAAUUAAUUAAUGAAAGAUUAAAUGAAAAAAAGGAGAUGAGGAAAUCGAGAGAAAUGUCAACAGAGGAGAACGAAUUUUUAUUAAUUAAUUUAUUUUUGAAUAAUAAAUUGUUGAUUAAAAAUGAAAGGAAUAGAAAAAGGAGAAGAAAAAAUGAUGAAGAUGAAGGAGAUGAAAGAAAUUUUAAUAUUUAUAAUUAAGCAACAUCGUAU